GUUGGUAAUACUGAGCAAUCUAUCGAUUUGUUGGAGCCCAUUAUGGAUGCACAAAACAACGAGAAUUCAAAUGCAAUAAUGGCACAACUAGAGGCUCCUGCUCCACAAGCUACUCUGGUAGCAAAUACUUCAAUGCCAAAUCAAGAUACAAGUCAGUCUGAAGCUGCUAAAAGAGCAAGAGAUCAGGCUUAUCGGGUGCGGCUGAAGAAAGAUAAGACAGAAAUGAUGGAUAACAUGAAGGCACUUACUCAAGAGAACAAGGCAUUAUGGGAUGAGAAUGGAAACCUACAAAGUGAAAACACAGAUAUGAACAAAGUUUUGCAAUCUCAGGCAAAGGAGAUAGAUCAACUCCAACGCGAUUUCGACCUAUUGAAGCAUGAGAAUAAGAAGCAAAAUUUACUCAUGCAGAUACUCUCGGAGAAGCUGGAUGAUUCUGAUCUCAGUCUCAGAGAAGAAAACCAGAAGCUGCAAAAUGAAAAUUAUUGGUUGAGGCAGAGUAUGGGUAUGGACAAUCCGAGCUUGCAACUUAUAGAAGAGAGUGUGCAGUUGAAGCACGAAAAUAGGGUAAUGAAAGCGCAGGUUAGUGCUUUAUGUGAGAAGUUAAUCAUUUCAGAGAAUUUAUCUUCGCCAGCCAAGUUCAUGGAUUAAUUUAGCCCGCACGGCCAACAGAAUACGCGUAUGGAGGUUACACUUUAUGAGAAUACGCGUCUGUGUUAGGUACCAUUUAGAACUUGUUUAGCAUGGCUGAAGUUUUUAUUUAGAGUUUUGUUAUGAGAAUUAGAUUUCGAAGUCUUGUUUACAAGAAUCUCUUCAAAAAUUCCCUAUUUAUGAGAAGGUGAAUGUAUUUGGUUAAAUUUUUUGUACAAGCAUCUUUAGAGUUUAAAUUUGUUCCAUAAAUUUUUUUAAAAGGA